UCCGAGAAAUUUUCCCUUUUCUGUACGGAAAAAUGACUACAGCGAAGGAAAAAUUGGUUGUUCUGUCAGGAACUGACACCGAAAGGAUCAAAGAAGCCGAGAAACGAUUAAAAAAAGUCGAAGCUGAGGCAGAUAAAGGUCAAACAUCGUCAGUGAUAGAGUCUCCAAGUCAAAUUCCUUCGUUUAAGAUCACAAAUGUCAAAACUUUGACCAGCGAUGCCCUUCCAACGAGUGAUCAUCCCCGUAAAGUGCGUUACAAAACCCUUCCGAAUGGGCAACGUAUCAAAAUUGUGCCAAAAAGUCGAAAAGCUGUCACUAAUCGACCAAUUAGGGAGCCUCCUCCUCGUCCUUCGAUGCGUGGCGGUAUCGCAAGUCGUGGCAGAGUGCCGCCAAAUCGAACAAUUAACGCUCCGAUUAACGUUCCCGCAUCUCGUGCAUCGCUAGGAGGCGCAAUUCCCCCAAAUCGACCUCCUUUGUCAUCAGUUAGAGUUCCUCCGUCUCGCACUUCCUUGGGAAAUGUUCGCACAUUGCAAGCCGUAAACGCGCCAUCGCGUCAAAAUCCGCAAUUACGAAGCGUUCCCGGGGUUUUGCCACUAAAAAUUGCUCAAAAACCCACUGUUCAGCCCACGCCGAGCACAAAUCCGAUCGUUAUGAAGCCAAUUCAGAUCCCAACUCCGCCGCAAAGAGCUUCGCCAACGCCCGAACCGCCAAUUUCAACGACAAUUAGCACGACAAAAAUCGUGAUGAAAGAAAAAAUUGACGCAACGCCCCCUCCUGUGACGACAGAAGCUCCUUCGACAUCCUCAAGUUCGGGCGAACGAAAUAAGAGAAAGUCGCAACACGUCACAAAACCCAUCGAAGACAUGGAAUUCGAAGAAUCCGUCGUCGUUGAAGGGAAUUUAAACACAGAUUUGAUGUCGUAUGUCGCUUGUUUGCGAGUUGCUCUCAACAAUUUGUUGGAAGAAGUGGAUUUGAAGCCGUUGAAUUUCCCGGGCGGCAUUGGAAAAGUUAAAAUUUCAGAACAAGUUGAGAAAUUAUUGAAACCUCAAACGGAAAAGGAAGAAAAUGAGAAGAAAAUUGCGGAAAAGUCCGAUAAAAAUGAAGAAAAAACUGUGAAAGAAUAAAAAAAAUUGGGAAUUGUUAAGAUUUCAUAUGAUUUUUUACCUCAUAAGUAUUUUUAUUUGUAAUUUUGUUAAAAUUUAUGUUUUUAAUCGUAAUAAAUUGACAAGC